AGCCUGAUGAAGGGCCGUGGAGCCCUAAAGCUUGCCGAAAAGGACCAUUUUCUUGCGAUUUCCCGCUGCGUCCAAUACAAGGAAUGAUUUUGGGAACCAAGCAUUCUGGUUUUUUUGGUGUCAUCUUAUUUUGAGACCAAAAAACAACUUUUUAUCGUCUAUGCUUUUCCCAGAUCCUGGUGAAGGGCCGUUGAGCCUGAACGGUUGCCAAAAAGGACCAUUUUUGUGUGAUUUAGGAAUUAUUAGAGUUCUAGUUUUUCGUAUGCGGGCUUACCUCGGAGACCGACACGGCUACCAAGUACACCCCUGAGAUGUGCUCUGUGAUAUUAGAAAGGAGUCUAUGUGAGAUGAGGCAGAAAGAAACAUGAAAAUGAAAAGAAACAUGAUCAUUCGCCACGUGUUGGGCACCGUGUGUGUUGCCAGUCCUUAUAGCGGGGUUGGGUGAGGUCUAUGGCUGUUCGGUUCCUGUGGAAAGCAGCUACAUUUGUACAGAGACACAGGACAGCUGUGUUGGCCACCUCCUGCACAGGACUGUUAGUUGCUAAACUUUCACAUCAUAUCUUUCCCGAACAGACAUGCAAACUGUUGCAUCAAUUCUGGACCAAAGGGCAGCCGGUAGAGCUUUCAGAGAGGCUGCAAGACCUCUUCCAUGACGUUCUUAAAGAUGCUGGUGUAGCAUCUCCCCAUUGCUACCAAGCCUUUUUGGCUUCUGGCUUCCACCCCGUGAGUGCUGGGAUCUCAUGGCUGCCCUCGGGUUCGUUGGUGGGCAUCCCUGCAAACUUCAGCACAGCUGAGGACAGACAAGGAAUCGUCAACCACGUUGUCAUGAUAAACGACAAGGAAGUAGACUGGGAGAGUAAAGAAGGCCACGCUUUGAAGGAUGCCCUGACAUUUUCACUGGAGGCUCAGAAAUUUGCCAUCUCCAGAGAGGUUAUGUACUUGCAAAGCAACAGCCCCAUCAUUAAGGCAGCUGUGGCUCCCAUUUUCUUAGCUGGCACCUUUAUCUCAGCGGUGGCGAUAAAGCAAUAUCUGGGCUUAUAUUCUAGCCCCUUGGCGCUACGAGUCAUUUUUAACUUGAUUUUUGCCAUGAUUGGAUUUUUCUGCUACCAUUGUGCUUCUGAUUCAGUGAGCCGCUCUUUGGAUUACAGGGCGGACCGAAAGGCAGCUGCCAUUUCCAAAGACUACGCCAGAGGUGGGGUGGAGUUUUAUGACAAAAUCCUGUCUUGCAACAGGAUUCUUCGUGCCCUAAUGGGCAAACAAGGGCAGCGCAUGUAUGGCCCCAGCGGUAAUCUUUUCCCUGGGAACUUGUUCGGAUUAAAGCACACUCCGUACACCUCCAGAAGAGACUUGAUCGUUAAUAUUUUAAACAUGUCCCAAGAGUUGGAAAGGAGUGAUUGAAUUUUAAACUUGUUAAUUAUGUGCUCUCUUGAAAUGCUUUCCACGCUGUCUUUCCACCUCCUGCUCACCCCUGUGCAUCUUCAUUAGUGCUCCAAUAUUUCUUUUUGCGUGUGGUGUGGAAGUCGUUGUUACUCAUUCUGUGAAUAAAAUACUUCCCUUAAAAUAUUAAAGACCUACUUCAAAAGUC